AGCGCUCCAGGCCCAGCCCCCAGGACCGAGCCAAUACUCGGCACUCAGCCCAACCAACCGUGUACCUCCAGCCCACUCCGAUGCUACUCACUGAUCAGGCCUUAGGGCCUCAGGCCCUCCUCCUCUCCUCUACCUCUUCGUUACUUCGUCCAGCUCCAGUCCAAGACAAACAUCCAAAAUUCCAAAUCUCCUUCCUAGCUAACCCUAGAGAAAGGCGAUUGCUUGCCGGCUGCCGCUACCCCAGCCGAAAUCGCGACGCAAACUCGCAAAGGGAAAGGGAAGUAGGGAAGCUGGGAAGUGGGAAUGAAAGGAAGAAGGCGGCGAGCCCUAGCAGCCUGACCUCCAGUCUCCAGAUGUUCACUCCACUCCACUAUCGUCUGCCUCUGCCCGACGCCGACCUCGUCUACGCGUCCCGGCUCCGACCUCGUCGACCCGUCCCGCCACCCGCCGUCGCCGAGUCUCCCCGACCGUCACUAACUCACACAGUCCGGCAGUCCCUCCCACUCAGGCAGCAACCUAUUGUCAAAAAGGCAGCAGCCUAUGCAAAAAAUGCAGCGACCAAAAAUGGGCAGAUAUAUAUUUUCAGUUUGUAGUAUAAAACCGAACCGAACCG